ACCCAACGAUUCCAUUUCAACUUUGACAAAAAAAAAAAAAACACGAUUCCAUUUCAAAAGGGGCUUUUUUACACCACCACCGCCCACCAGGCAGUGAGUGAGUGAACUUUAGAGAGAGAGAGAGAGGGAUGGUGUGGAUGGCAACUCAGCAGCUUGCAAUCAGAGGGAAGAGACGGCGGAUAUGGGGAGGGGCGCUUCUGUGUUGGGUUUUGUUAAUGCUGGUCACUCCCAAGAUUUCUCACUCUCCCAAACACCAUCUCUACGCUGACAUGCGCAAUUUUGUGGGAGUGCCCAGUACCUUGAAUGUGAUCACAAAUUUCCCAUUUUUGGUUGUUGGCGUUCUGGGUUUUGUGCUCUGCGUGCAAGGGGGGCUUUUUAACAUCAGUUUGCCGGGUGAGGUUUGGGGUUGGGCACUAUUCUAUGCUGGAAUGGCAGGGCUGGCAUUUGGGUCUGCUUAUUAUCAUUUGAAGCCUGAUGAUAGUAGAGUAACUUGGGACACCUUGCCGAUGAUGAUUGCAUACUCCUCUCUUUUCUCUAGUUUUAUAGUGGAGAGAGUAGGAGAGCGGAUCGGUUUGAGCUGUCUGUUUGCACUCCUUUUCAUUGCUUUUCUUAGCAUUGCAUAUGACAGAACGUAUAAUGAUAUCAGGUUGUCCAUGAUGUUCCAGUUGAUUCCAUGUAUGGCAAUUCCAGCAAUGUCAUUUGUGUUCCCACCUAAAUAUACUCACUCAAGAUAUUGGCUUUGGGCCGCUGGGGUUUACCUUCUCGCCAAAUUUGAAUCCGUUGCCGACGGCAAAAUCUACCAUGCAAAUCGUUUCAUUAUCAGUGGACACUCGUUGGGGCAUUUGUGUUUAGUGAUGGUCCCUGUUCUGCUCAGUAUCAUGCUCAUGAAUAGAAACAUUAAAUGUCAAAGAAUAGGCGCCUUUAAAGAAUGUUCAUGAAAGAGGCAAGGCAGAGAUGAUGUCAUUGUCUGUGCAGCGUCCCAGCAGAUGCUCGAAAAUUCUGUAAAUGCGGAGUCAUUAGAGGUAAAGUGUGAUCUGUUGUACUCCCAAGUUUCAGUAAAAACAUGUCUCUGCCAUUGAGCAAUUAGAUUAAUCAAUUUCAGUUGAAUGAAUUUAUUCUCCGAAUGCAAACUAUUAAUGAUAUUAGUCAAUCAUGUGCCUUCCCCUUC